UAAAUCCUCCGGAUGUUUCAGUGAGCAAGAACUGGGAUUCACACCAUCCGCCAAUAUCUACUGAUAAAGAUUUAUCCAUACACCUUUAUAUAUAUUAAUAUUAUUAUUAUUAUUUACGUAUAAGUUAACCUGUGAACACUUUGUCACGAUUUUUCUUUCUAUGGUUUUGGUUUUUGUUUUAGGUUUCAGGCUGACAUAACAAGUCUCCAUCGUAUCAUCUUUAAAGAUGUUACCUAACAUAGAGGCAUUUUCUCUCUUCCUAUUCCUAAUUUACUCAGUGGCCCCCCCUACCUCGGCUGAUGGGUCCUUCUCAAACAGAGAGUAUGUCAAGUAUUUAAAGUAUCCUCCCCGAAUUGUGAUAGCCCCCAGAGACCAGACAGUGGUCAGCGGUAGCAUCGCUAGUUUCGUCUGUACAGCUUUUGGGAAUCCUAAGCCUAUGAUUGAGUGGCGGAAAGAUAACCGACGAAUAACUACCCAACGCUAUACAGUUCAAGAAAUGCCCAAUGGCUCCGUACUACGGAUAGAACCUGUACGCCCUGAGAGAGACAUAUCUGUCUACGAAUGCGUAGCGGAGAACGGAGUAGGAGAGCCAGCUAAGGCAGCGGCGGAACUAAAGGUCCUCCCUGAAGACGCUAUACCGCUAGGCUUCCCGCAGUUCACUAUGCACCCCACCAUGCAAGGGGUAGAAAAGGGUCGAACAACCCUCUUGUACUGUCAGGCCGAGGGUAACCCAACCCCUACCAUCUACUGGUUAAAGAACAUGGUUCCUGUUAACCUGGAUGACCCACGGUUAAACAUUAUUCAAGGAACCUAUCUCCAAAUAAGCGAAGCAAAAGAAGAAGAUCAAGGAACUUACCAAUGUGUAGCAGAGAAUUCGGUUGGUUCUGGCUUCUCUAACCUGGCGUCGCUGUACGUUAAAGUGCGUCGGGUUCCUCCUUACUUCUCUAUACCUCCAGAACCUGCCUACGAAAUAAUGCCAGGAUCGAGCUUGAACCUAACCUGUGUGGCGGUAGGCUCUCCCAUGCCGUAUGUCAAGUGGAGAAAGGGUUCUUUUGAUUUGACACCCGAAAACUCUCUUCCUGUAGGGAAGAACGUGCUGCAGUUAGAAAACAUACGGGAAUCUGCUAACUACACCUGUGUUGCAGCUUCUAAGUUGGGUAACAUAGAAACCGUCACAGCAGUUCUGGUACAGGCACUUCCUCGUCCACCAAAAGAUUUGAGGAUAUCGGACGUAACAGCCAGAUCUAUUAGACUUUCUUGGUCGUACGACAUAGGAGCUGAAAACAUAAAGUAUUACGUGAUUCAGUAUAAACCUAAGCAGGCGAACCAGGAAUACAGUGAGCUAAGUGGAAUUGUCACAACUUUUUACACAGUGUCGGACCUCGUUCCUUACACCGAGUAUGAAUUUCAUGUUAUUGCUGUUAAUGCCAUUGGUCGUGGCUCACCUAGUACACCUGCUGUCAUCACUACAGGUGAAACAAUGGAACCAUCAGGAGCAAGCAAACCUGGUAGUGCCCCGAGGAACGUCCAAGCUCGUCCUUUAAGCUCAAGUACAGUAGUUAUACAAUGGGACCCUCCUAAAGAACCUAAUGGACAAGUUACGGGAUACAAAGUAUAUUUUACGACACGUCCCAACCUUCCUACAACCAACUGGAACACUCAAAAUGUUGAUAGCAGUACACUUACAACAAUCAGUGAUAUGACACCUCAGACCAUCUACACCAUCCGGAUCCAAGCAUUUACCAGCAGAGGAUCUGGUCCAUUAUCUGCCCCUGUACAAGUGAAAACUCAACAAGGAGUGCCAAGUCAACCAUCGAACUUACUUGCCAAAUCGACAUCAUCCACAACAGUCCAGCUACAAUGGAGCCAUCCAGAACAUUCGGGCGAGAGUGUUAUUGGUUACGAGUUAUACUGGAAUGACACUUUUACCCAGCAGCAGUACCACCGCACCAUUCCUGCCAUCAAUUCUUACACUCUGAGCAAUCUAUACCCAGACACAGUAUACCACAUCUGGGUGGCAGCUAAGUCAAAACGUGGUGAGGGAGCUGCCACACCACCGGUCAAUGUAAAAACUGACCAAUAUUUGCCGGGUGCUCCUCCCCAAGAAAUCCAUGGUAGUGCAGUAAGUUCCCGAUCCCUCCUUAUCACCUGGAAACCCCCUCCUUUGGAUCAGCAGAAUGGUCAAAUCACCUACUAUAAAAUCAAAUACUUGAAGGCCAGCACUAGCGAUGACCCCCAAAAGGCACGUCAGAUACAGACAGGUCCCGAUGAACGUUCUUUUAUCAUUGAUGGACUUGAGAAGUGGACAAAGUACCAUAUUUGGGUUCUUGCUGGUACUGUUGUUGGCGAUGGUCCACUUUCUGCACCACUAAUUGUCCAGACAGAUGAGGAUGUGCCGGGGGAACCCAGGAAUGUGAAAGUGGAGCCUGUUAAUAGCACCAGUCUUCAAGUUCAGUGGAAACCUCCAGCUAAUAAAGAUAGAAAUGGAUUAAUCAGAGGUUAUCAGAUUCACAUCCAAGAAAAGGAUAAAAACAAUGACUUGGUUGGAGAACCCAUCAGGUAUGAUGUAGCUAAUGAAGAAGCAGAAGCCUAUAAUGUUACAGGGCUUCAGCCAGAUACAACUUAUGCUGUACAGGUGGCUGCUGUCACUCGGAAAGGUGAUGGAACACGUAGUCAUCCAAGAACAGCAAAGACAAGAGGAGGAGUUCCAACCAAACCUGAGCUGAACAUAAGAGUCAUCUCAGAGAAUCCUCGGUUAAAAGUAGAGGUUUCGUGGGAUCAUCCUAGAUACAUCUAUGGAGAUCUCUUAGGAUAUAGACUGCAUUACAAGAAACAGGGUGCAAUCCACAGUGAGAAGAAAGUAAUCAAUCCUCAUGACCAGCAUACCACUAUAGAUAGUCUUGAUAGAGGAGCCACUUACGAGUUUCGGCUUGCUGGCCGUAAUUCUCUUGGAUGGGGUCAAGAAGCAAUAGUUCAUAUGGAAACUCCUGAAGGAGUGCCAACAGCCCCACCACAGAACAUCACCCACUACCUUCAAAGCCCUACUACUCUAGUGAUUCGAUGGAAUCCACCUUUGUCCCAGUACAGUAAUGGUCGAGUCAUACAGUAUGGCAUUCUCUUCCACAAAGCUUCUGAGGACACAACUAAAGAAAAAAAUAUAACAGCUAUUAGAAGUGUUUUCAGCUCAUUGGAUGAGAAUACUAAAUACGUGUUUAGGGUGCGAGCAUAUACCUUAGUAGGUCCUGGACCCUGGAGUAGCCGUUUGAUUGUUGACACUCAAGGAGAUGGCCCUUCUGCACCCACUAAUGUCCAGGCUAUGGCAACCUCUGAUCAGUCACUCGAAGUGUGGUGGGAUGAGGUUCCUUAUUUCCCAGACAUCCUCGGAUACCAAAUCUUGUACACACAAACUGCUGUGGCUGAUCUAGAACUGUGGAGACGUAAGAAAGUACCUCUCACCUGGUCAGCGGAACUUACGGCUCUAGACAGCCAUGCUACCUAUUCUAUCAGGGUUGCUGCUUAUACUAAACCAGAGAGAUUAGGCCAUUUGUCUGAAGUAAUCACUGUCACCAUUGUCCCCACAGAUGUCCCUACUCAACUCCGAGCUCAUGGCGUUACUACCCACAGUAUGAUUUUGUCUUGGCGACAUCCUCAAAAGUUAAAUCCCAUUCAGUAUAAGGUCUCUUUUGGUGCUCACAAAGAAUUUCAUGACAGUCAGAGGGUCCUUCAGACAUUAACAAUACCAACUCAGGCCAUUUUCAUUGAAUCCAACAGAACUGAGUACAAGAUAGAUGACCUUAUGCCAUUUACCACAUACCAAGUUAAUAUCACUGCCAUACCCCCAGAAGGAAGCUACCGGCCUCCUGCCAAAAUAUCUGUUACGACAGCCAGAGCAGCACCCAAACCUAUGGUCAAGCCUGACACGGUAGGUGUCAGUAAAGAAAAUGAGAUCAUCCUAAUCCUUCCACAAGCAUCAGAAGAGUUUGGGUUGAUCAGUCACUACUUUCUGGUGGUAGUUCCAGCUGAAGAAGCACGUGAUGAUCCUGACACCUACACUAUUGAGGAGUUGAAUAAUCUGGAUACAAACAAACCAAGGCCAUACAUCGCUGCUAAGUUUUUACCACGUGACAUGCCUAAGAACUUUCCUCUGGGUGAUAAUAAUGAUUAUGGUGGCUACAACAACAAACAGCUACAGCAUAAUCAGAAGUACAGGAUUUUCAUGAGAGCUGUAGUUGAUACUCCUCAAAAGAAUUUAUACACCAGUAGUCCAUUGUCUGAUAUCUUGAGCUUGGACAUGGUCUUGUCUGGCCAGUCAUCCCUUCCUGGUGCUAGUGGUGGGGACAGAACAAACAAAAUGGAUAUUCAUUUGGACAGUAGCACCAAUGAGUCUGGUGUAGUUUGGGUGGUUGUUCCUAUUAUCCUGUGUCUAUUGUUUAUUUUGGGCAUCACUAUCUUCAUCAUUGUUAAAAGGCGUUUCCCUAAACUUCGCAGACGACGUCAACUAAGCAAAGCAUCAGUAGGGGAAACAACAAACAAGCUUCUUGUAAACUCUGCAGAUAGAGAUUUCACCACACACCCUACUGACCCUGUAGAACUACGACGUCUCAACUACCAGACACCAGCCAUGAUCAACCAUCCUCCAAUUCCUGUGACUGAGCUAGCCAAUCAUAUUGAACGAUUGAAAGCCAGUGAUAACCAGAAGUUCUCACAAGAAUAUGAGUCAAUUGAACCUGGUCAACAGUUCACCUGGGAAAAUUCCAACCUUGAAGUCAACAAACCCAAAAACCGUUAUGCUAACGUCAUAGCUUACGAUCAUAGUCGUGUUGUUCUACAGAUUGUAGAUGGUAUUCCUGGAACAGACUACAUUAAUGCUAACUACUGUGAUGGGUAUAGGAAGCAGAAUGCCUACAUUGCCACACAAGGGCCACUUUCUGAGACUGUGGGAGAUUUCUGGCGCAUGGUUUGGGAGCAGCGAAGUGCCACUAUAGUUAUGAUGACCAAAUUGGAAGAAAGGACUCGUAUUAAAUGUGACCAGUACUGGCCAUUGAGAGGAACAGAGAUGUAUGGCAUGAUGAAUGUUGGUCUUGUGGACAUACAGGAGUUAGCAACAUAUUGUAUACGAACUUUUGUUCUACAUAAACUGGGUUACCCAGAGAAACGUGAAGUGAGACAGUUCCAGUUCACAGCGUGGCCAGAUCACGGAGUACCAGAACAUCCAAGUCCUUUCCUCACAUUUCUCCAGAGAAUCCAUUCUCUGAAUCCAUCUGAUGCUGGCCCUAUUGUCAUUCACUGUAGUGCUGGAGUUGGCAGAACAGGUGUGUUCAUCAGCCUUAGUAUAGUCUUAGAAAGAAUGCAAGAUGAAGGGGUCGUUGACAUAUUUCAGACUGUUAGGACAUUACGAACACAGAGACCAGGGAUGGUUCAAACUGAGGAUCAGUACAGAUUUUGUUAUAGUGCUGGACUAGAAUACCUUGGUUCUUUUGAUCACUAUACAAACUAGUGAUGCUCAACAAAAGGUUCUCAAUACGCACUACUUGUUUUGAUAAACUUGAUAGAUUGGGGAAAACAUAUUACCUUGUAUGGUUUCGUGGAGAGAGCUAGGACCCAUAUUCAGUUUCUCAGAUCCUGGAAGGCUUAUGUUUGUUGUUUAUAACAGCAUAGUGUACGUGGUGUUUCCGUGGUAAAAAUAUAUAGGCAAACUAAAAAGCAAAGCAUCAUAAUACUUAUUUGAUAUCACUUGGUGGCCUUCACCUGAAACUAUAUUGUAUUUCUUUACCCAUCCCCUCUCAGUUUUAGGUAUGUUUAUGGGUAUGACAUAUAUCUUGUUGAAUCAUAACUGUGGAUAGUUAAAGACAUUCCAUGAUACAAACAGUAGCAGUUUAUUAUCAACAGUGGUAAUACACAAGAAAAGAACACUGCGACCAAGAUGCUAAGAGAGUGAAUAAAGUAGUGAUUUUGUUUAAUAAAGAGAUAGGCAGUCAAGAAAUGACAAAUUGCUAAAACAUCAUUCAGAUAACAAAACCGGCAUAUCUUAGUGAAGAUCCUAGGAAGGAGAAGACACAUUAAUAGGCAAGAAAAGAAGUCAUUCUUAACAAAGAAGGAAGGAAGGAAAUAAUGCGAGAUUAAAGAACAAGAGAAGAAUGGCCUAAUAGGAAGUGGGAUGUAGAAA